AUGUCUUCUAAUGUAUUUGAGAAUCCUGAAGGCGGAAACUUUGGAGAUUCCGCUGGUUUAGUAUCAAGAACUAGUCAAAAUGAUGAUGAUGACGAUAUCAGUUUAACUUUUUCUUCUGAUGAACAAGCAGACUUUAUUGAAGAUUUAGAGGGAUCGGAAAAAGAAGAUGACAACAAUUAUGGAGAUGAUGAUCGACUUCUCUUGACUUCAUCAGAUGAUGAUAAUGAGCUGCAAGAUGAUGACUUGGAUGAUGAUUACGACUUAAGAGAUGCUCUUAGAAGUGCUGGUAACUUCAAACCUAAGAAUAAAAAGAAGGCCUCUGCAUCAAAGUCAUACUGGAAAAGGAAAAUGAUGAGGAGUACAAAUCGUGAAUUAGAUCCAGAAGUUCGUAUUAAUUUAUCUCAAGCCAAUGAAGCUUUUGUUCGAAACGAUUUUCAAGUGGCUCUAAAUUUGUAUCUUGAAGUUAUCAAGAAAGAUCCUAAGAAUUUCAGUGCAUAUAAGACUUUAGGAGAAAUUUAUAAGCAACAAGGGAGAUUGCAUAAGUGUUGUAAUGCAUGGUUAUUAGCUGCAAAUAUUCACCCAUGGGACAGUCAAUUCUGGGGGAAUGUUGCUGAAUUGAGUAGCGAAUUGGGUCAUAUUGACCAGGCAAUAUACUGUUACGGUAGAGCGAUUGCCUCAGAUAAUACAAAAAAUGCAAAGUUCAUCCUCGAGCGGGCAUUUUUAUACAAGGAGAAAAAGCAAUAUGGACGGGCCUUGGAAGGUUUCCAGAAAGUCCAUCAAAUAUACCCUGCUGAUACUAGCAUUAUUAAGAACCUAGCUAGUGUUUAUGUUGAGCAGAAGAGGAUCAAUGAUGCUAUCAAUUUAUACAUGAGAAUAUUGGAUCUGAAUAUUAGUCCAGCUGGUCAGCCUAAACAAAGUGUUCCAAAAUUCGGAUGGGCCGAGCUUAAUAUUUUAUGUGAAUUGUAUAUACAACAGCAUUCAUGGAAGAUAGGUAUUAAAGUUAUAAAAUUAGUUGCAAGAUGGAUACAAAAUAGAACAGAUGAAAAAUGGUGGGACGAAGUGGAUGACGAUUCAGAAUUUGAUAAAAGAAGAUUCUUAGUGAUUAAGGGUUUAUCCCCUUCCCAACAGGCAAGAUCGAAAGAAAAAUUUUAUAAUUUACCUAUCGAUAUACGUUUUAAGUUAGGAAGUCUAAGACUUGGAUUGGAACAAAAGGAAGAAGCUAUGCGUCACUUUGAAUAUUUGUUAGAAGAAACUGAAGAUAUAGCAGAUUUGUAUUUUGAAGCUGGUAAGGCAUUGGAGGCCCAUGGCUUUCAUGAGGAAGCUUUAACUUUUUUGACUCGUGCCUCCCUAAACGAUGAGCAAAAUGAAAGUCCAGAAUUAAUCUCGUUGCUAGCUAAGUGUUUCCUUGAGGUUGGAGAUUAUACACAAGCCCAGCAGGCAUACAGUUCUCUUUUGUAUGGAGAUCCUGAUAAUUUAGACUUUAAAUUGGCUCUUGCAGAAACGUUCUAUCAUCUUGGUGAAAGUGAAAAGUCUGUCAAAUUGUUAGAAGAAGUAUCAAUUGCAACUGAAAAGAGUGGGGCCGAAAAGGCUGAUAGUAAUCACAAAGAAUUGGAUAAUGAUGUUGUUGAAGAGGAUAAUUUGUCUUUAAUUAAAAACAAACAACUAAUAAAAUCAUCUAAAAAUUCCAAAUUAAGCGAAGAAGAAAGAUUAGAACUUGAAAACAAUGCAAAAAGAAAAGUCAUGGAGAAGUACCAUCGUAUGGAACGUCUAGAAGAUGCGAUUACUAAAAAUGAAAAAGUUGCAGUUACAGCAUGGAUGCAACUAGCUUCUCAGUUAGUUGAGAUGUUUAUGAACGUUAGGAUUUUCUUCCCAAGAGACAAGAAUAGAGCAUUUAAGGGUAUCGUGUUGUACAGACGCAAGAAGCAAAUGCGAAUAGAUGAAAAACUAGCAAGGGUCUAUAACUUAUAUGAAGGUAUAACAAAUGAUGAUGAUAAUUAUACAAGGCUGUUUCUCACAUCAACAACUGAAUAUAGAGGCCUUAGUUAUGACAUUUGGUUUUCCAUCUUUGUUCAAUAUGCUAUACUAUUGUCUCGGUUCGAUAACAAUACGGAGUAUGCAACUCAUAUAAUAGAAGUGGCAAAGGAUGUAAAUGUAUUUGUUCAAGAUAAAAACAAAGAAACUAUAUUGAAUAUGGUACAUUUAAUAUUUGGUAUCAAACAAGAAGAAAUUGGCACCGUUAUUAUGACGUAUAUACGAUACUUUUUGUCUGCUAAUCAAUUUUCUCCAUUCAUCUAUAAACUCUUUAUGUGUUGCUUUGCAUCUGGAGUCGAGGCGUGGGAAACAUUUGCUAAUUACAAUCAUCAAAAAUUCUUUCUACGUCAAUUAAAAGCUUACGAUUCCAUUCUCAGUGGUAAGAAAAUUACCGGAAUGGCAACCAUAACAGCUGAUCUCAAAAAUGUUAAGCUUAGUCGUGAACAUCCUGAAUUGUUAUACGUUUACGCCAAUUUGUUGGGAGGAAGUAGAAGUUAUGUCUCAUCAAUUGUUUACUUGAACAGGGCAUAUAAGGAGUAUAAGCAAGACCCCAUGAUCUGCAUAGUUCUUGGUUUAGCACAUGUGCAUAGAUCAAUGCAGAGAUUAAGUAAUAACAGGCAUAUACAGUUGCUUCAGGGUAUCAGUUACAUUUUGGAAUAUAAAUCACUCAGGGAGAAGGACGCAUCUGAAUUUGAGUUGCAGGAAAUAGAGUAUAAUUUGGGUAGGUUGUUUCACAUGAUAGGUUUAACCUCAGCAGCAAUACACCAUUAUGAAAAAGUGUUGAAAUAUCAUGAAAAAUUGAAAAAGCAUAGUCAAUACGAUCUUCUGGUAGAAGCGGCUUAUAAUUUGUCCCUAAUUUACAACAUCAAUGGCAAUUCAAUGUUAGCCAGAGAAAUUACUGAAAAGUAUUUAGUUAUAUAG